AUGCAUUUAGCGUCUGCUUCUUCCAUCUAUCUUCGUCCGGCGAAGAAUCUCAUAGUCAUAGCUCGAGCUUUUUCAGGAAUCGCACAGAAUCCUGAUCUCUUCUCUCUUCUUCAUCAAUCCCCAACCGCUAAGCAUCUUCGCCAUCUCCACGCUCAUCUCCUUCGCACCUCUCUCUAUUCCAACGUCGUUCUCAGCUCCAAGCUCGUUCUCGCUUACUCCAAACUAAACCACCUCUUCCCUACCUCGCUUGCCGUCUUCUGGCACAUGCCUCACCGCAACAUCUUCUCAUGGAAUAUAAUCAUCGGCGAGUGCUCCAAAUCGGGUUUCGCGUCGGAGUCAAUCGGAUUGUUUCUUCGAAUGUGGCGAGAAUCCAGCGUUAGACCCGACGAUUUCACGCUCCCUCUUGUUCUUCGAGCUUGCUCUGCUUCCCGAGAGACGACGAAACUCGGUGAUUCGAUUCACGUCUUGUGCUUGAAACUCGGAUUUGGCGCAAGUUUGUUCGUCACUUCGGCUUUAGUGAUUAUGUACGUUGAAAUGAAGAAAAUCUCAAAUGCACGUAAGUUGUUCGACGAUAUGCCUGUGAGAGACUCUGUUCUCUAUACGUCAAUGUUUGGUGGGUAUGUUCAGCAAGGAGAAGCUAUUUUGGGAUUGGCUCUGUUCAGAGAAAUGAUGUGUUGUAGAGUCUCUCUUGAUUCUGUGGUGAUGGUGAGUUUGCUCAUGGCUUGUGGACAACUUGGAGCGUUGAAGCAAGGGAAGAGCGUUCAUGGAUGGUGUAUCCGGAGAUGCUCUUGCUUCGGGUUGAAUCUCGGUAACGCUAUAACUGAUAUGUAUGUAAAGUGCUCGAAUCUGGGUUAUGCGGAGAGAGUAUUUGUGAAUAUGCCUAAACGUGACGUGAUCUCUUGGAGCUCACUGAUUUUGGGUUAUGGUUUGGACGGAAACGUGGUGAUGUCGAUAAGACUCUUUGAUGAGAUGAUUAAGGAAGGGAUUGAGCCAAAUGGUGUCACUUUUCUCGGUGUUUUAUCGGCCUGUGUACAUGGCGGUCUUGUGGAGAAGUCUUUGUUGUAUAUAAGACAGAUGGAGGAAUGUAAGAUAGUUCCUGAGUUGAAACAUUAUGCUAGUGUGGUGGAUUGUAUGGCUCGUGCGGGUUUUCUUGAGGAGGCAGAGAAGUUUAUCGAUGAAAUGCCCGUGGAGCCUGAUGAGGCUGUGAUGGGUGCGGUUUUGAGUGGGUGCAAGGUGUAUGGGAACGUGGAAGUUGGGGAGAGAGUGGCGAAGAAGCUGAUUGGGCUCGAACCGGGAAAAGCUAGCUACUAUGUGACAUUGGCUGGUUUAUAUUCUGGUGCGGGUCGGUUUGAUGAAGCUGAGAGUUUGAGGCAGUGGAUGAAGGAGAAGCAGAUUUCUAAGGUUCCUGGUUUUAGCUCAAUAUGA